AGGCCUUUCUGUCUCCGGCUUUUGUUUGAAGGGCUUGGAGGAAUCUGGGAGAAGACACCCUCAAGGCCUUCUCCGCCAUCUGCUCCGUGUGGUAAAGGGGAAAGAGCCGCCAUGCAGCCAGCUCAGAGUCCGGUGUCCUUCGAAGAGGUGGCUGUGCGUUUCACCCAGGGGGAGUGGAGCCUGCUGCGCCCGGCCCAGAGAGCCCUGUACAAGGAAGUCAUGCUGGAGAACUUUGGGAACGUGGCCUCCUUGGGACCCCCGAUUGCCAAACCUGACCUCAUAUCCUGGCUGGAGGAAGAGGAAGGGCUGUUUCUCCCAUUUUCUGAUGAAGAGGAGGGAUUUACAGGAGGUGACUGGGAGUCAGCAAGUAAAGCAAAAGAACCUGCAGUAACCAAAAAAGAAGAUAUGCAGCGGAAAGAGAACACUGAAAAUCGUAAUGCUCCAAGGAAGGAAGAGGGAAAAUACCCACGAAGGAAUAGUUCCGGUCUUUUACAAGGAGGUGACUGGGAGGCAGCAAACAAAAGAAAACCUGCAGUAACCGAAAAAGAAGGUACCUGUCUGCCACAGAAAGAGAACACAGAAUAUCAUAAUGCACCAAGGAAGAAAGAGGGAAAACAUCCACCAAGGAAUAGUUCCGGUCUUUUACAAGGUGAUAUUUCUCAUGAAGUUCCAGUACUUCAAAAAAUAUGCAAAGGAGGCAAUUGGACUGAGAGUACAGCAAAUGAGGAAAAUUUUCCAAAAAAAUCAAACGUUGACAUUUAUUGGAACACGGAUACCAGAACAAAAGUAUUUAAAGGGCAGGAGUGUGGGAAAGUCUUUGACCAGACAGACAAGCUUAAUUCCCAUCAAAGAAUUCACACAGUGGAGAAACCUUACAAAUGCCUGGAGUGUGGAAAGAGCUUCACUUUCAAUGCAAGUUUGUAUAGCCAUAAAAAAACUCACACAGGGGAGAAACCAUAUAAAUGCCUGGAGUGUGGAAAGAGCUUCAAUCAGGGUCGAUAUCUUGCUGUCCAUCAAAGUAUUCACACAGGAGAGAAACCAUAUAAAUGCCUGGAGUGUGGAAAGAGCUUCAGUCAGGGUCGAUAUCUUGCUGUCCAUCAAAGUAUUCACACAGGAGAGAAACCAUACAAAUGUGUAGAGUGUGGGAAAAGCUUCAGUCAGAAUGCACACCUAAAUUCCCAUCAAAGAAUUCACACAGGGGAGAAACCUUAUAAAUGCCUGGAGUGUGGAAAGAGCUUCAGGAACAGUGGGUAUCUUGGUGUUCAUCAAAGAAUUCACACACAGAAGAAGCCAUACAAAUGUCAGGAGUGUGGAAAGAGCUUCACUUUUAAUGCAGGUCUUCAUAGCCAUCAAAAAAUUCACACAGGGGAGAAACCAUAUAAAUGCCUGGAGUGUGGGAAGAGCUUCAGUUACAAUGCAAAUUUUCGUAGCCAUCAAAAAACUCACACAGGAGAGAAGCCGUAUAAAUGCCUGGAGUGUGGGAAAAGCUUCAGUCAGGGUGCACACCUUAAUUCUCAUCAAAUAAUUCACACAGGGGAGAAAGCAUGUGAGUGCCCUGAGUGUGGAAAGAGCUUCAGAGACAGUGGAACCCUUGCAGUUCAUCAAAGAAUUCACACAGGGGAGAAACCUUAUAAAUGCCUGGAGUGUGGAAAGAGCUUCACUUUCAAUGCAAGUUUGUAUAGCCAUAAAAAAACUCACACAAGGGAGAAACCAUAUAAAUGCCUGGAGUGUGGAAAGAGCUUCAGUCAGGGUCGAUAUCUUGCUGUCCAUCAAAGUAUUCACACAGGAGAGAAACCAUAUAAAUGCCUGGAGUGUGGAAAGAGCUUCAGUCAGGGUCGAUAUCUUGCUGUCCAUCAAAGUAUUCACACAGGAGAGAAACCAUAUAAAUGCCUGGAGUGUGGGAAAAGUUUCAGUCUGAGUGGACACCUUACUUGCCAUCAAAAAAUUCACUCAGGGAAGAAACCAUACAAAUGUCUGGAGUGCGGGAAAAACUUCAGUCACAGUGGAAGCCUUUCUACUCAUCAAAGAAUUCACACAGGGAAGAAACCAUAUAAAUGCCUGGAGUGUGGAAAGAGCUUCCAGGAAAGUGGAAAACUUACUGUCCAUCAAAGAAUUCACACAAGGGAGAAACCAUACAAAUGCCUGGAGUGUGGAAAAAGCUUCAUUCAGAGGAGACAACUUAAUUCCCAUCAAAGAAUUCACCCAGAGGAGAAUCCAAACAAAUACCAGAAGUGUGAGAAAAGGGUAACUGAGAGUAGAAAACUUACUCUUCAUGAAAGAAUCCACGCAGGAAAGAAACAGUACUAAUUCCUAGAGUGCGGCAAAAGCUUGAGUCGGAGAGGAAACCUUACUUCCCAUCAAAGCAUCCAUCAAACUAUAUAAAGGCAUAGAAUAUGAGAAAUGGUUAUUAUUCAAACCUUACUUUCCGUCAAACAUUCACACAAGGGAGAAAUUAUAUCCAUACUAGGAGUAUGGAAAAACCUUCAGUCGGCAUGGAAGCCCUGCUUCUCAUCAAAGACUUCACAUGGGAGAGAAACCGUAGCAAUGCUUGGGAUGUGGAAAAAUGUUGCAAUUAAACCAAACGGACCCUGAAAACUG